GUGCGCGGGGCGGCCGCGGGCACGGAGCGUCCGCCUCGUCGCCUGAGCCUGGAGCAGCCUCGGCAGCCGCGACUCCCGCCCUCCAUCCUUCCACCGGCCCUCGGCCCUGCCGUGCGGCACCAUGCCCGCUGUGGACAAGCUCCUGCUAGAGGAGGCGUUGCAGGACAGCCCCCAGACUCGCUCUUUACUGAGUGUAUUUGAAGAAGAUGCUGGCACCCUCACAGAUUAUACCAACCAGCUGCUCCAGGCCAUGCAGCGUGUCUAUGGAGCCCAGAAUGAAAUGUGCCUGGCCACUCAACAGCUUUCUAAGCAACUUCUGGCGUAUGAAAAACAGAAUUUUGCUCUUGGCAAAGGCGAUGAAGAAGUAAUUUCUACACUCCACUAUUUUUCCAAAGUGGUGGAUGAGCUUAAUGUUCUCCAUACAGAGCUGGCUAAACAGUUGGCAGACACAAUGGUCUUACCUAUUAUACAAUUUCGAGAAAAGGAUCUCACAGAAGUAAGCACUUUAAAGGAUCUCUUCGGACUCGCCAGCAACGAGCAUGACCUCUCAAUGGCAAAAUAUAGCAGGCUUCCUAAAAAAAGGGAGAAUGAAAAGGUGAAGACUGAAGUUGUCAAAGAGGUGGCGGCUGCGCGGCGGAAACAGCACCUUUCUUCCCUUCAGUACUACUGUGCCCUCAACGCACUGCAGUACAGAAAGCGUGUGGCCAUGAUGGAGCCCAUGAUUGGCUUUGCCCACGCACAGAUUAACUUUUUUAAGAGGGGAGCAGAGAUGUUUAACCAAAGUAUGGACAGCUUUUUAUCCUCCGUUGCAGACAUGGUUCAAAGCAUUCAGGUGGAACAGGAAGCUGAAGCGGAAAAGAUGCGGGCGUCCCAGCAAGAAUUACUUGCUGUUGAUGAAUCUGUUUACACUCCAGACUUUGAUGUGUCUGCACCACAGAUCAACAGGAACCUCAUCCAGAAGGCUGGUUACCUUAAUCUCAGAAAUAAAACAGGGCUGGUCACCACCACUUGGGAGAGACUUUACUUCUUCACCCAAGGCGGGAAUCUCAUGUGUCAGCCCAGGGGAGCCGUGGCUGGAGGUUUGAUCCAGGACCUGGACAACUGCUCGGUGAUGGCUGUGGAUUGUGAAGACCGACGAUAUUGCUUCCAGAUCACCACUCCUAAUGGAAAAUCGGGAAUAAUCCUCCAGGCAGAAAGCAGAAAGGAAAAUGAAGAGUGGAUAUGUGCAAUAAACAACAUCUCCAGGCAGAUCUACUUGACUGACAACCCAGAGGCAGUCGCCAUCAAGUUGAAUCAGACAGCUCUCCAAGCAGUGACUCCUAUUACAAGUUUUGGAAAAAAGCAAGAAAACUCACGCCCCAGCCAAAACCUGAAAAAUUCAGAGAUGGAAAAUGACAAGAUUGUUCCCAAAGCAACAGUUAAUAUACCUGAACCUGAACAACUAAUUGCACCUGGAACACCUAUUCAAUUUGAUAUUGUACUUCCUGCUACAGAAUUCCUUGAUCAGAACAGAGGGAGCAGGCGUAUCAACCCUUUUGGUGAAACUGAGGAUGAGACAUUUCCAGAAGCAGAAGAUUCUCUUUUGCAACAGAUGUUUAUAGUUCGGUUUUUGGGAUCAAUGGCAGUUAAAACAGACAACACUGCUGAAGUGAUUUAUGAAGCCAUGAGACAAGUGUUGGCUGCUCGGGCUAUUCAUAACAUCUUCCGUAUGACAGAAUCCCAUCUGAUGGUCACCAGUCAAACUCUGAGGUUGAUAGAUCCCCAGACUCAAGUAACAAGGGCCAACUUUGAACUUACCAGUGUCACCCAGUUUGCUGCUCAUCAAGAAAACAAGAGACUGGUUGGUUUUGUGGUCCGCAUGCCCGAAUCCACAGGCGGAGAGUCUCUGAGCACAUACGUUUUUGAAAGCAACUCAGAAGGCGAAAAGAUAUGUUAUGCUAUUAAUUUGGGAAAAGAAAUCAUUGAGGUUCAGAAGGAUCCAGAAGCACUGGCUCAAUUAAUGCUCUCCAUACCACUAACCAAUGAUGGAAAAUAUGUCCUAUUAAACGAUCAACCAGAUGACACUGACGGAAGUGCAAGUGAAAAUAGAGGCGCGGAAUCUGAAGCAUAACUCUCUUGCCCCUUUGGGGUUGGAGCACCCAGGAGGAGAGCUACCUCCUUAAGGGUUUUCAACUUCUCUGACAUGCAGGCACACGACCUGGUUUCAGAAUGCUGACAGUCGCUUGUGGAAUGUACCCUCGAUGCCUUGAUACUGAGACUUGGGAGGGAAACAGUAAGAAAUUGACAACACUCCUACCCAUCUACAAAUGUUAUUUUAGGUGCUUUGUGGUAAGUCCUUCUCUUAGAUUCCAUUGUUCAGCAUUCAGAAUGAAAAUUAUGAAAAAAUGCAUUGUUCACUUUAUUUGAAUGUCAUCUCUUCAGUGUCCAGUAUCCUUUUUUAAAAAUGGCAAAAGCCUAGAUUUAUAAUUUGAUAAACACUAAAUAUUUCCUAUUAAUAUAAUCUAUUUUUGUAUUUUACUUAAGCUUUAAGUGCCUAUCAUUCUGAAAAUUGUGUAUUUAUAAUCAAGGUUAUUUCAUAACUGGACCUAAUAGCAUUAAUUUGUGCAGUAGGUGAUGAGCCCAGCUUUGAGGCUUGAGCACUAGCAGAAAUGCAGGUCUAGUUUUCAUAAGUGUUCCAGACAUCAUGCAAUAAAAAGACUAGCAGAGGAAUACCACAAAAAAUGUUUAAUUUUAUGUUGGAAUCUUAAUGAACCAGCAUUCGUAAGUUCAUGGUCCUCUGGAUAAUACUGUUUUUAGUGGGGGAUCACCAUGGAUGGGGGCAACUCUACCAACUCCUGUUUCUCUGAGCCAGACCCUCCUCAAGGAAGGGACCAAUUUUAAAACUCACUUGAAGCACAGCUAGUCACAGGGCUUGGUAUAAAGUUCCUAUUUCCACCCUGGCACAUCUGGUUCUUGGCAUCCCAGCCCACUCCACCAUCCCGUUCUACCCAUGAAAUAAGUAUAAUGAUCUUGAAUUGGUACAGUAUGUUUAAUUACAACCGAGUUCAACACAGUAUCAUUGUCUUUGUAAUAAAUUAACCUAGCAAAAUGCUAGCAAAUAAAAACUGUCAUUCUGUUUCUUUUGCUUUCUGU